GUUGUCUGGCCGCCGUCGCGCGUCUCCGGUCUCCCGGCCGCCGCCGCCGCCGCCGUCGUCACCUCGGGUCCCGGAGGCAGGAGCUACGUCACCGCCAUGGCCGGCAUCAAAGAUGCCACAAAAGACUUAUUCUGAAACCAGAUAACUUCAGCUUUUGAAGAUGAUUCACUAAUACAUUUGCUUUUUUGGUGUGUUUUGUUUGCUUUUUGCCUCUGGGAUCACAGCUUUGAUUAGUUUGUCCUUUGGAGGAGCAAUUGGGCUGAUGUUUUUGAUGCUUGGAUGUGCCCUUCCAAUAUACAACCAAUACUGGCCUCUCUUUGUUCUGUUUUUUUACAUCCUUUCACCUAUUCCAUACUGCAUAGCAAGAAGAUUAGUGGAUGAUACGGACGCUAUGAGUAACGCCUGUAAGGAACUGGCCAUAUUUCUUACAACAGGCAUUGUGGUCUCAGCUUUUGGACUCCCUAUUGUAUUUGCCAGGGCACACCUGAUCGAGUGGGGAGCUUGUGCACUUGUCCUCACCGGAAACACUGUCAUCUUUGCAACUAUCCUGGGCUUUUUCUUGGUCUUUGGCAGCAAUGAUGACUUCAGCUGGCAGCAGUGGUGAAAGGAAUUACUGAACUCUUGUCAGAUGGACUUCUCGUCAUUUCUCAGCCGUCCGUGCACACAGGAGGUGGGGCAGUGAUACUGAGCGGCAGAGCAAUCCUCUGGGGGUGCUCUAGGUGCUCCUUCUCUCUUGUAUUAUAAGCAUACUAUUUUCACAGAGACUUGCUACAGGAUUAAAAGGAUUUUCUCUUUUGGAAAA